CUGCAGCUGCUGCUGGCGGCCACCGGGGGGAGAGACCGUAUGACACAGAGGUGUCCGGUACUAUAGGACACUGCGAACAUGGCCGCCGCCUCCUAUUCUUCACUGCUUCUGCGGCAGCUGAUGUCACGCUGGGACUACGGCAAAAUGGCGGUUGCUGUGUGACAGUGUAGAAGAUAUCCUGUAAGACACCCAGCAUCCCUCCUCGUGUGUCUGGAGAAUUGAGCAUCACGGUGCCUCUACCUCACUCACUGAUGCAUGAGAGAGCCAAUGACCAGAAGAUCCUGGAACUCGCCAACAAGAUCAUUCAGCUGCUGACUGGAGAGGAGGGGGAGUAUAUAGAGGAACACAGGGGUCUGUACAAGGACGUGAUGAUGGAGAAUCACCGGCCCCUCACAUCACUGGAUGGACCCAGUAACAGAGAUACCCCAGAGAGAUGUCCCCGUCCUCUGUAUUCCCAGGACUGUACAGAGGAGAAUCACAGGAUCCCAAAGGAGGAUCAGGGUGAAGAUCUGAUGGUUUUUAAGGCAGAAGAUAUAGAGGGAGAAGAAGAGACGUAUGUGACUGAUAUAAAGGCAGAAUAUAUAGAGGAAGAAGAAGAGACGUAUGUGACUGAUAUGAAGGCAGAAGAAAUAGAGGGAGAAGAAGAGAUGUAUGUGACUGAUAGGAAGGCAGAAGAUAUAGAGGGAGAAGAAGAGACGUAUGUGACUGAUAGGAAGGCAGAAGAUAUAGAGGGAGAAGAAGAGACGUAUGUGACUGAUAUGAAGGCAGAAGAUAUAGAGGGUGGAGAAGAGACGUAUGUGACUGAUAUAAAGGCAGAAGAUAUAGAGGGAGAAGAAGAGACGUAUGUGACUGAUAUCAAUUCAGAAGAUACAGAGGGAGAAGAAACGUAUGUGACUGAUAUGAAGGCAGAAGAUAUAGUUGGAGAAGAAGAGACGUGUGUGACUGAUAUAAAGGCAGAAGAUAUAGAGGGAGAAGAAGUGACGUAUGUGAGUGAUAUGAAGGCAGAAGAUACAGAGGGAGAAGAAGAGACGUAUGUGAUGGGUGAUCAGCAAUGUAAGGAGGAGGAAAUCCCUACAGAUAUCAGCACAGCAGAUGGACAGAAAAGCUUGAAUUCUUCAGACGGACAUCUCAUUUUGUCUUCAGAAUUUGAGAUAGAAGCUAAAAUCACCCAAGAUUCUACAGGAGAAUCCCUAAUUUCCCUAAAUAUGGAUCCAGUACUUCAUAUUGCCAAAAUAUCAAUUGAUUCCACUAAUCCUGAGGAAUGUUCUCGUGAUAACCCCAAUAUUCUUACACAUAGUGCAGAUCUUACAGAUGAUACAGUAUUUCUCUGUUCUGAAUGUGGUAAACGUUACACACAGAAAUCCUCACUUGUUAGACAUCAGAAAUGUCACACAGAGAAGAAGCCAUUUUCAUGUUCUGAGUGUGGGAAAUAUUUUAGAGUGAAAUCAAAACUUGUUUCACAUGAGAGAACUCACACAGGUGAGAAACCAUUUCAGUGCUCCGAGUGUGGGAAAUUUUUUACACAGAAAUCAUAUCUUGUUAGACAUCGUAGAUGCCACACAGGUGAGAAGCCUUUUCCAUGCUCUGAGUGUGGGAAAUGUUUUACACAGAAAUCAUAUCUUGUUAGACAUCAGAGAUUUCACACAGGUGAGAAACUAUUUACAUGCUCUGAGUGUGGGAAGUGUUUUACAGAGAAAUCGGAUCUUUUUAGACAUCAGAGAACUCAUACAGGUGUGAAACCAUUUCCAUGCACUGUGUGUGGGAAAUGUUUUACACAGAAAUCAGAACUUAAUGCACAUGAGAGAAUUCACACAGGUGAGAAACCAUUUACAUGCUCUGAUUGUGGGAAAUGUUUCAGACACAAAUCAAAUUUUGUUACACAUCAGAGAUGUCACACAGGUAUGAAAUCAUUUUCAUGUUCUAAGUGUGAGAAAUGUUUUACACACAAAUCACAUCUUAUUAAGCACCAGAGAAGACACACAGAUGAGAGUCCAUUUUCAUGUUCUGAGUGUAGGAAAUGUUUUACAAAGAAUUCAGAUCUUCUUGCACAUCAGAGAAGGCACACAGGUGAGAAGCCAUUUCCAUGUGCUAAGUGUGGGAAAUACUUUUCACAGAAAUCAGAUCUUGUUAGACAUCAGAGACAUCACACAAGUGAGAAGCAAUUUCCAUGUUCUCAGUGUGGGAAAUGUUUUACACAGAAAUCAGUUCUUGUUAUACAUCAGAGACGUCACACAGGUGAGAAGCCAUUUCCAUGUUCUCAGUGUGGGAAAUGUUUUACACAGAAAUCACAUCUUGAUAGACAUCAGAGAAGUCACACACAAGAGAAACCAUUUUCAUGUUCUGAGUGUAAGAAAUGUUUUACACAGAAAUCAGAUCUUGAUAUACAUCAGAGAUGUCACACAGGUGAGAAACCAUUUCCGUGUUUUGUGUGUGGGAAAUGUUUUACACACAAAUCUGCACUAUCUGUACAUAAGAGACGUCACACAGGUAUGAAACCAUUUUCGUGCUCCGAGUGUGGGAAAUGUUUUACAGAGAAAUCGAGUCUUGUUAAGCAUCAGAGAGGUCAUACAGGUGAGAAGCCAUUUCCAUGUUCUAAGUGCGGGAAAUGUUUUACACAGAAGUCAUAUCUGGUUACACAUCAAAGAAGUCACACAGGUGAAAAGCCAUUUAUAUGUGCUAACUGUGGGAAAUGUUUUACACAGAAAUCAUAUCUUGUUAGACAUCAGAAACAUCACACACAUGAGAAGUCUUUUCCAUGUUCUCAGUGUGGGAAAUGUUUUACACAGAAACCAUAUCUUGUUGCACAUCAGAGACGUCACACAAGUGACAAGCCUUUUCCAUGUCCUCAGUGUGGGAAGUGUUUUACACAGAAAUCACAUCUUGAUAGACAUUUGGUAAGUCACACACAAGAGAAACCAUUUUCAUGUUUUGAGUGUGGGAAAUAUUUUACACAGAAAUCGGCUCUUGCUAUACAUCAGAGACGUCACACAGGUGAAAAACCAUUUUCUUGCUCUGUGUGUGGGAAACGUUUUACACGGAAAUCAUAUCUUGUAAUACAUCAGAGAAGUCACACAGGUGAAAAACCAUUUCCAUGUUCUGUGUGUGGGAAAUGUUUUACAAGGAAAUCAUACCUUGUUAUGCAUCAGAGCACUCACAUUCAUUAGAGACCAUUUAAUAAAUCUCCACUGACAGUAUAUUAAAGUGUUAAUAUUUCCAAAAGGUAUACUUUACUAAAAACAUUUAAAAAAAAUCACAUUUAAAAGUUGUAAUUGCCUGCGCUCCUUUACUGAUUAUAGUAUAUACCAUGUCUCCAAAAUGGCUUCCUGUCUGCGCUGUAUGUUGGUGAAAGUUGUGCUUUAAUUCAUGUGACGUGGAAUGUAUGUAACAUGUUUCAAACAUUAAAAUAUUUAUCAUUCCUCCUAUGGUGAAA